AUUGUUAAAAAUAUUGAUGGGCAUUGGAUUUGGGCCGAUGAUUCCGCUGUGUGAAUAAUUUUCUUAAUGAAAAUCUUUUGUUAUUAAAACAUUCAUAUUAUCAAUCGUAAUAUUGUUAACAAUUUAAUUACUUCAUAAUUUUUUACCAUGUGAUAUUUACACAUAAGACACUAAAAAGAGAUCAAUAUUCAUAGUGAUUUUUCAUAAUUUAAUGAAUACAUUAUAUUUAUAGGUCGUUUGUCUUUACGUUUCAAAAUGGCCAAGAAAAGAAAACCUGCAACAAAACCUGCUGCUCGACGAUCAACUCGACGCGGGAAACAACCAAGUGCUGAAACUGCUCUUGGGCAAGGCGAAACUUCCACCUCCGUCGAAUCAACUACUUCAGAGCUGCAGGCUAAUGAUAAACCUCCUGAAGAAUCAAGCAUAAACAUUUCUGCAUCAACAAAAAGUAAUAUUCAACCAUCUGAACCUCAGAGCUUGAAAUCUGGUAUGAAAUGUUUACAACCCACUGUAGCUUUGCAUAAGAAAUUUGGUAAAUAUCGUUGUCUAUUUAACAAUGAUAAUUUGCCUAGAAAAGGUGAAACUGGUAGUGAUAGUGAAACUAAUAGCAGUAUUGAAAUUAAGGUAAUUGAUCCUUGUGCUAGUUCAGAAUCUGACUCAAAUGCUGCGUUAGAUGUUCAUUCUGAUACAAACAGUGGUGCUUGUCCCAGUCCUCUGACUAUUGUCUCAAAAUCAUUAGAUAAUCAAGCCACCCACACAGCUUCAAUGCCAUUACCAGAAAAAUCAAAAGCUCCUCCUGUAAUGCCUUUACAAAAUUCUAAAAAUGACAGCAAAAGAAUUUUGCGAGGGAAUCAAUCAACAACUAAUACAUCAGUAUUAGUUAAGCAUGUAGAACAAAUGGAAAAUAUGAAAACUGAUGAAAUUGUUAAUAUACAAUCAAGCCGUGAAAUUCAAGACAUUCCAUUGCAAGAAGAAAUUGAAUAUGCAUGUGAUGAGGAUGAAGUAAUUACAGUAGUUCAAAUAGUUGAAGAUGAUAACCAAGAGCUUUAUUAUAACAUUAAGAUAGAUAGUCCAAAGAGUGAUUCAAAUUUGCAGCAGAUUAAUGAUAAUGAAAUAUUAGAAAACAAGAAAUGUGAUUCCGAUUUUCAAAAACAUUUUGCAAACUUAAAUCUUGCUUCCCAUUCAAGUUCAAGAACCCAUUCACUCAUGGAUUGUACUGAAAUUAAUUACUCACAAGUACCUCAAUGUAAUAUACCUGAUAUAUUUGCAAAAGAGAAUUCAAAUGAUUUGACAAGGCCUGAUCCUAGCUUAACCCCAAGUUCCACUUUAUCUGAUGAUAGUAAUUCCUCGAGGGUAACAGAACAAACACAAAAUAAUUCAAAUGAUUCAGCAGAGUCCUCUCCUACAGGAGUCAGACGAUCUAGCCGAAUUAAGAUUAUUAGCAAUAUGAAACAGAAAACAAAAGGAUAUGGUUUAGUCAAGACACCAUUAAAGAAAGCUUUGAUUACACAAACAAAACUGAAACUUGAAGAAUUAGGGUCUGAUAGUCAAGAAAAAGUCAGUGAAAUUGUUACAAAUACAACUACUAAUUCUGCACAAUUCCCAGUUCCCUCUGAAAUGCCAGUUAAAGUGAAAUCCCGUUGGCGGAGAUCUAGUGAGCUUGAGAUGGGUGCAAACUCUCCAGCCAACUCCCCACUUGCUAGUCCAAAUUUACCUCAAAGAUUACUACCCCCACUCGAAGAACAGAAUCCUACCCAUGAGGAGCAGACUGUUACUGAGUUAACUAAGGAAGCUUAUGAUAAGAUAAUAGAAGAGAGAAUGAAUCAAUACCAACAUUUAGAUGAGAAUGAGUAUCUAUGUGAUCGUAUGAUUAGUAAGGACACAAAGAAAAUGAUAUGUGACUGUUUCAUGACCAAAGAAGAACUAGAGCGUGGAGAAUUAGCAUGUGGAGAAGAUUGUCUAAAUAGGUUACUCAUGAUUGAAUGUAAUUCUCGGUGCCCUGUUGGGGACCGUUGUACAAAUAGAAGAUUUCAAAACAAGGAAAAUGCCGCAUUGAAAGUCUUUUAUGCAGAUAAAAAAGGUUGUGGAGUCGAAGCCAGUGCUGUUAUUCCAGCAGGUGAAUUUCUAAUGGAGUAUGUAGGUGAAGUCCUAGAUUAUGAACAGUUUUAUAAGCGAGCACAAUCUUAUUCCGAUGAAAACAAUCUUCACCAUUACUUCAUGUCGCUAAAAGGUGACACAGUAAUUGAUGCAACUAUGAAGGGCAACAUAUCUCGAUUCAUCAAUCAUUCCUGUGAACCAAAUGCAGAGACACAGAAGUGGACAGUGAACGGAGAGCUCAGAAUAGGCUUUUUCAGCAAAAGGGACAUUACAAUUGGAGAGGAGAUCACCUUUGAUUAUCAGUUCCAGCGCUUCGGCAAGGUGGCGCAGCGGUGCUACUGCGGAGCGGAGAAUUGCCGCGGAUGGAUCGGUGCCGAGCCUGACUCCGAGGAUGAUGAUGAUGAGGAGGAAGGCGAUGUUUCAACAUCGAAAGCGGGUACAACCGAAUCUUCAGAAGAGUCUCACGGGACAGAUGUACUGUCUGAACAACCACAGCCUGGAGUUGCUAAAAUCAAAAGGGAGCGGAAAUAUAAGCCAAAAGCACCUGACUUGGUGCAGGAUGCUGAUAUCGAAGAUGACCUCGAAGCGCUCAGCCGCACCGGUGUAAAGAACCAGAGCCACACGCUGCGUUUGUCCCGGACUGUAGUGCGCGCGAAGACAAGACGCGCGCAGACCGCACUAUUGAGACUCCUGCGGGACGCCGACCUGCCGUGCCGCCGCCUGUUCCUCGACUACCGCGGCUUGCGGUUGCUGGCGCCCUGGUGUGCUGACGCCUCCACCGAGUUCAGGCUAGAAAUGCUACUGACCGUGGACCGGUUACCGAUCACAAACAAAACAAUGGUGCAAGAGAGCCGUUUCUUCACGAUCGUCGAGCGAUGGCGUAACACCGUAGAUCUUCCAACUGAUACACAGUUUAUAGAUGAGGCGACCGGUUUACCAGUAGACUUGCCUAAUAGAACAAGUCAAGAAAAUGCUGCAAUAUUAGCCGAGAAAAAUAAAGAAAAUGCGGCUAUACUGGAAAAAGUUAGAGAUCUCUCAACUCAAUUGCUAGAAAGAUGGUCCAGUUUGAAGGAAGUGUUCAAAAUUCCUAAGAAGGAAAGAAUACAACAAAUGAAAGAACACGAGCGGCAAGCGAAUGUGGAAAGGCGAGCGGCCGACUCUAGUGGUUCCCGCGAUCGUGAGCGCGAACGCGAACGAAGGGAAGAACGCGACCGACGAGACGACAGGGAACAUCGCGAGAGGGAACGGGAAAGAGAACGCGAGCGCGAACGUGAAAGGGAAAGGGAUAGGGAGAGAGAACGAGAUCGUGAGCGUGAUCGCGACAGGUAUAGAGAACGUGAGCGAGAGCGCGAUAGGGAAAGGGAUAGAGAUG